AUGCAAGUUCAACUUCCAUACGAUGUCGGCGCCUUCAACAAACUUCCCAGUUUAAAUGAAGCCCAUACUCAAUUCAUGGCGAUGAAUGGUCUCAAGGUUCUGGAAGAAUUUCUACAUUCCCUUUUCCUCCGGUACCAAAUGACCGAGAAGUUUGGAAUGACCCUUCUUCAUUCGCACUUCGUCCUGAAUGACCAUGAGAUCCUUGUUGAAGCCAACGGCACCUCGACACCUUGGGACUUACGCGGAGCUGAUCCCACCCCUACUGGCUUCGCGAAAUAUGACGGCGCCAUCAAACCCAGCUCGUGGAUGGUAACCGAUGAUCACUUGCGUGCAUUCGAAUUUUAUUUCGAUCCCAACACUGGCACUCCAGGUAUUGAUCCUAGUGUCUCGUUCGUUGAAGACCUCAGCACCAUCCUCAAAGCCAACAAUCUUUCUAAUGUCCUUGGGCUCUAUCAAAUUGCCGAUGCUUCCACUGGCCAGAUAGAGGUCACAGAGGGACGGGCAAACGUCACUUUUCCCUUCGAUAAAGUGGCUCACCCGGAUGUUAUCAACAGCGACAAGUACAUACAAACAAGUUGGCAGUUUCCGAGCACCAGCACUGGAAAGCCUCAGGCAAGAAAUUGGUGUGCGAAAGUUUGCAUUAAAGCUCACAUAGAGCUCCAUGGCGAGAAGCCUUGA